GAUUCUGCAAGACCAGAAGACAGAGGCCGUCGCUUUAUCAUAUCUUACAGACUGGCAGAUGACAUGCUGACCAUUUUUGAGCCACAAGCAAAAAACUCUGGCAUCAUUGGAGGGAAAUUCUUGGAAAGGACUAGAGUUGCCAAACCUGGAUCCACUGCGGAGAAACCCAGUUUUUAUGGGCCCCAAGAUUUUUACAUUGGAGCUGUCAUUGAUAUUUUCAAGCAUCGGUUUAUCAUCACAAAUGCAGAUGCCUAUGUCUUGAAGUUUAUAGAGCAGCACAAAGACCAGUUUCCAGAGAAGACAUAUAAUACAAUUCGAGACAAGGUUGGAGAAUACACUGGACCAAAGGAAACAGUGAAAGGUGCACCACUAAAAGUGCAGAGGCAUCCUGGUGAUCUAGAUAUCAUGGUGAAGCAAGUCCUUGCCCAGCUGAAGAAAAUUGCCAUCACUGACAAGUCCAGAAUUGAUGAGAUGUUCCUGCGCUACAACAAUGACCGCACCGGCUGCAUUGAUAAGGGCAAUCUCAGGGACUUGUGUAAAAGGCUACAGCUGCCCACGGAUGAUGAUCUUCUAGAGGCACUAAUCUCAAAGAUUACCAUGAACCCUACCGGAAACAUCAGUUUAGAAGACUUCCGAGAAUUUAUUGAGGGCAAAUGA